GUUAAUCCACCAAACGAGCAACACACAAAUGGAGCUGAAGAAGGCGUUCCUGUGCUGCGUGCUACUGGCAGUCAAACACGCAGUUGCGCCCUCAGUAUACUUCUCCGGUUUGGACAUAAAAAAUAUGAAAGGAAAAUACAAAGAGAUAGAAGAGAGGCAUGCCAAACAAAAUGUGAAUGAUAUAUUUUUUCGUGAAUUAAAAAAAUCGAAUUAUCAAGUGAACAGUAAUAUUAUCGUACUGAGCACAUCGAGACAUUAUUUCAACUACAGACACACAAGCAAUUUACUGACCGCAUAUAAAUACUUGAAGCAUGUUGGGGACAAUAUGGAUAGAAACAUACUGCUUAUGGUACCAUUUGACCAAGCUUGCAAUUGUAGGAAUAUUGUAGAAGGCACCAUUUUUAAUGAGUAUGAGAAGCCUCCAAGUGAAGAUUUAAAAAAAAAAAAAAUGAAAGAAAAUUUGUACAGCCAUUUAAAUAUAGACUAUAAAAAUGACAAUAUACGAGAUGAACAAAUAAGGAGAGUAAUUAGACAUCGAUAUGAUGCCUUAACUCCAGCUAAAUAUAGGUUAUACACAAAUGGGAACAGAGAGAAAAAUCUUUUUAUAUACAUGACUGGCCAUGGAGGAGUGUCAUUUUUUAAAAUUCAAGAUUUCAACAUUGUCAGCUCUGCUGAAUUUAGCCUGUACAUACAAGAGUUGCUCAUAAAAAAUAUAUACAAGUACAUUUUUGUAAUUAUUGACACGUGUCAAGGGUACAGUUUUUACGAUAAAGUGCUAGAUUUUUAAAUGAACAGAAUAUACACACACGAACCGCAUAAAAAUGCCAAGGCCUUUUCCUUAUAUACCAUCUUGAAUUAUUUAAAAACACAACAUUUGAUAUCAACUCCAACCAUCAACAAUUCGAAAUUUAGCGCAUCCAUGUUUAUGCAUAGUAAAAAUAUUCUUUUUUAUGACUCCUCCGGUUUUUAUGUAAGUAAAGACGCGGAGGAGAGUGCGUUGGAUGGGCUGGGCAAGCACAGUUAUAAUGUCAGCCAGAAGGCAGACAAAACUGCAAUUCGAAGUUCAUGUUUGGGCGACUUGAGCGCAUGUGGGCAUAUGAAAAAUGAAAUAUACACCCACAUGGGGAACCUGUACUCGCGCAGCAGCUUCUACAACAACGUCGAGGUUUACUUCAAGGAGGAGUCCCACUUCACGGACUACUACUUUACCUCCGAGC